UGUCAAAAACAAAAGCCAUCAAAGAAACAUUGUACUACAAUAAACCCUCUAAUUUAAGAAUGUUCAUGUGAUUUUAUACAUCCCUAAUGUUGUGAAAUAAAUUAAUGCAAAAUAAUCAUGAAACCGUGAUUAUUCGUCAGACUCUAAUCGUACCAUCAAAUUCCAUAAUUAUUUCAUCUAUAGUGUGGUGUGUGAUUUAGUGUUGAUCAGUGUGUGUUAGCGUGUACACAUGCAUGCCUGUGUGUUUCUUGAUGCCUCGAUGUUUGUGCAUGUGUACUGUGUGUGAGUUGCUUCCCAGAAAUUAGGCACAGUAACUUACACCAGUUGUAACCACUAACAGACAGCAAUCACCUCACAGACAUGUACCGGAAGCUAGACAUCAUCACCGUGACAGAGGUGGGUGGGUCCAUCCAGAGCCCCCGCUUCCCUGGCUCCUACCCCCGGAACCUGCUGUUGACAUGGAAACUACUGUCGCCAAGCAACACCCGCAUCCUGCUGGAGUUUGACCCAAGGUUUGGACUGGAGGAGCCUGAGAACGAUAUCUGCAGGUAUGAUUUUGUGGAGGUGGAGGACAUUUCUGAGAGCCUCACCAUCCUCUGGGGGCGCUGGUGCGGUCAGAGACCCCCUCUUCGACUCACCUCCAAGUCCAACAUUAUCAAGAUCACCUUCAAAUCUGACGACUACUUCGUAGCCAAACCGGGUUUCAAGCUCAACUACUGUCUAGUGUACAGUCUGUUUCCUGGUGCACCCGCAACAUUCCCAGAUGCUUCCUUCAUUCCUGUGUUCCGGGAUAUGUUUGUGGUGUGUACAUCUCCUCCCUCUGCAUCUGAGACCAACUGGGAAGCUGUCACCCUGCCCAUUUCUGUGAGUUACUUACUCACGCACACACACACACACACACACACACAAUCAAACACAGACACACACACAUACUCAAACACACAGACACACACUCACACACACUCAUACACACACUCAUACACACACUCACACACACACACACUCACAUUAUCAUAA